AUGCUUCCGGCGCUGGUGCUGGUGUGGCUUCUGACUUCCUGGCUGGCCCCGUCCCGGGCCAUCGUGUUCGUGAGGGCGAAGAAUGAGCGCGGCCCGACGGCAACCGCGGCCGGUGUCGGGUGUUUGGAGCUGCUCAGCCACAGCUACUUCCACGCACCGGAAUCGACGCAGAUCGAGACGCUGGUGAUCUUCUACCUGCGCGAGCUCGGAUCGCCGGCGCGCGAGAUCCUGCUCGGAUACCUGCAGCAGCACCACACCGGCUACGACGAUCACGAGGACACCGGCGAUUCCCGCCCGUACCAGCUGAAGCUGAUGUCGGACUACGAGUCGGCCGGAAGCUUGCGGAGGGCGCGCUUCACCGACCACAAGCCGGUCGAUUACUACGUGGUUGUGAUCGAUGGUUUCGACGGUGUCCAGCGGGCGCUGGCACGUCUCAGUUCGGUCACUUUUAACCCACGCGGCAAGUUUAUCGUGCUGUACAACAAUCCGAACGAUCGGGACUCGGGCCAACGGUUGGCGCACGAGGUGCUGCAGUUCCUGUUCAUCGGCCAUCACUCGGUCAACGUGUUGGUGGCGUUUGCGUACGACUUCGUGAGUUACCACGUGUAUACGGGUGAUCCUUAUCACGGUUCGGCGGCUGACUGUGGCCGGAUGAAGCCACUCCUCGUGGCGACGGUCGUGAAUGGGAGCUUCACGAACAGGCCCCUGUCGCUGGCCGCCAUCAACAUGCCAAAGGUGCCACCGCGCAUAGAGUCCUGUACGUUUUUGCUGUGUACCCGCGUCGCGCCCCCCUUCAUCGAUUGGCGCUGCGAGCGGGGUCUGGAGCUGCAGAUCAUGGAUCUGCUCCGCGAGUCGAUGCAGUUCCGGGUGAACGUGUCCUGCAGCGAGAUGGAUCGGGGGGAGCCGACGGGCGACGGCAACUGGACCGAUCUGCUGGGGUUGAUGCGCGCGGACGAGUGUGACAUCAUCGCCGGGGGCUUCAAUCCGGACUUUGACGUGCACGACGAGUUCGGGGCGACCACGCUGUAUCUGCAGGACUACCACACGUGGUUCGUCCCGGCGGCCGGUCCCGAGCAGCGCUGGAAGCUGCUUGUGUACAUCGUGCGCUUCAGCACCUGGCAGCUGUUCGGGUGUGUGCUGGCCGUAACGGCCAUUGCCUGGCGAUCGGUGGCCCAGUUCCUGCCGGAAGCGGCACCCCACCGCCAGCUGGCCACGUGUCUGCUGAACACAUGGUGUACCUUUCUGGGCAUCUCCGUGCACAAUCGGCCGGCGUGCCACGCACUGCGGGUCCUGUUUAUGGCGCUCACGCUGUACGCACUGAACGUGACCACUAUCUACACGAGCCUGCUGAUCCGGGUCCUGACGCAUCCGCCGGUGGCGCACCAGCUCGACACGAUCGAGGAGCUGCUGUCGAGCGGUGUCCCGAUCGGAGGCCGGCUCGACAGCGAGGACUGGUUCAUGAACGAAUUCGUCGAGGAUCGGCGCGUAUCGGAUCGGUACAACGUAUCGCCCGCGUUUCAACCGUCGCUAGACAACCUACAGGCCGUCAGCGAGGGUUCCCGGGCGCUCCUGAUGAGCCGCCUGUACGUGCGCAACUCGAUCUACCACGAGCGGCUGCACGGCCUCUCGAAGGACGUGCUGGUGACGCAGAUCGAGAUGAUCGUCGAGAAGGGCUUUCCGCUGCUGCCGAAGUUUAACCGCAUCCUGUCGAACCUGAACGACAUGGGCAUCAUCGAGAAGCUGUGGCAGGACUUCCUGUACAACGUGACCAUCCUGGAGCACAUCAAGCGGUGGCGGGCGAUGAGUGAGGACGAGCUACGGGCCGCCUCGGCCGAGGUCGUCCUUACGCUGGACCAUCUCCAGAGUGCGUUCGCGCUGUACGGCAUCGGAGUGAUCCUGUGUGUGGUGGCGUUCGUCGGCGAGCUACUGUCGAGGGCCCGCUGGGUACGGCGAGUGGCCGGCGGUUUGGCCGUGCGCUGGGAUCGGGCACUGGUGGCCGUGCAGCUGCGGGAACGCCAGUCGGUGGUGGUGGCGUACCGGAAACGCUAG